AAUUCACAGUCCAUAACACCGGCACUGUUCGCAGUCUUCUUAAGGACUUCAGCAUCUAUAAGUGCAGUGUGAGCAAGUGAUCCUUCACUCAACUUGCAUAAUUUGAAGAUGGACACCAGUAGAACUUGUGAAAGCGAGGUGAGAAUUGGUCACUCUCUGAGUGAAGUGGAAAGGCAGCAUUUGACCAGAAGGACAGAGACUGUUCUAGACUGCCUGAAGCAACAUGGUAUAUCCUGCAGUGAGGUGCAUGGCAUCAUUAUACAAUGAACCAAACUGGUCCACCAAACUGAAGACUGUGGAAGAGAACAUUGUCCAAAGGCUUGCUGAAGGCAGAGUCAGUUGGUCACAGAUGGGUCAAAAACUGGCAAAUUACUAUGCAAAUAAUGAAAAUUUCAGCCUGACAGAUGUGUGGGCAGCACUGAUUGUGUCUAAUGUGGUGAAUGAGAUUGAUGAACACAAACUCACAGCGCAGAGGGCCAAUUACACCAAUGACCCGUAUCCCAUUUACACUGUGAUUGACAAGCAGUGUAAAUAUGAUAGACUGAAUGCAGAUGUCUGGUUUGAGAUCACUCCUGAUGAGUCAGGUUAUUCUCUCCCUGGAGCCUUUGUGGAUUCCUCCUGUUUGGAAUGUCAGUUUGAGAAUGGAAAGAAGGUUAAAGAACAGCCUGAGAUUGAUAUGCUGUACCUACAAGGCCUGUGUGGCAGUGCCAUUGUGGAUAUGGAAGACAUCAUUGAGUACCUGUUUGAGGCACUAAAACACUUGAUGAUAAUGAAAGACAUAGAUCCCAGCAUCCUUCACUCAAAGACAAGGGAAUACGAAGAUACAGCAGCGUUAAUCAACUCACCCUAUUUCUCAGUGCUGAGACAAGAACGAAAAAUCGACCUCAUCAUUUCCCUUGACUUCGGUGUAGGAGAUCCCUUUGAGAGCCUCAAAAAGGUCUGCCUGGUGUUUGCCACUGUAGCCAUCUUACAGCAUGGAACAGACAAGAGCUCCAUUACAGGGAGCCCGAGAAGAGAAAAUACAGAGGGGGAACGAAGCUAA